AGUAGCCAUGGUGACCAGCUUGUUUGGAUGGCUGGGAGAUGAGGCUGAGCAGCUGAAAGAGUACUCCUCUACCACCGGGCGCUGCCAGGCUGAGAUCCUCCACAUACAUCCAUUGAAGCAGACUGCAUUCUCAAAGUUACAUCAAACAAUGGCUAAGCUGGUCCAGCUCCCACCAAAGUUCCUCCCGAAAGAGUGGAGCAUUUCCAACCAUACUCACUAUGCCAGUGCUGAGGCUCAGAGGUCAAGAUCUGAGAGGUUGGUUGCUGAAAGUCAAAGACUAGUGGAUGAGAUUGAAAGGACAACCCAGAAAUCUCAAAAAGAUGUCAACAAGAAACUAGAACAGAGGUUGGAGGACAUCCAGUUUUGGAAGAAGGAGUUGGACAACAAGCUUGAAGACACUGUUAAUGAGAUAGAACAGCUGCUGGCGUAUAAGAUCCGCCUGGAAAAAGCUCUGGAGAGUUGCAUUGAGCCUUUGUAUAUAGCACAGCAGUGUUUAGUGGAAAGAGAGAAAAGAGUUGGAAUAGACCUGGUUCAUGAUGAAGUGGAACGGGAGCUCAUCAAGGAAGUGGAGGUGAUCCAGGGUGUGAUGGCUUUGCUGCAAAGGACUUUAGAGCAGAUGACCGAGCAGAUCAGACUGAGCCGAUCAGCUCGAUACUCACUGGAGAAGGAUCUGACUGACAAGUUUCAAGCCUUGAAAAUUGAUGAUCACUGCAGCACAUUAACAAACAACCAUCAAGACAUCAGAUAUGCUUCUGACUGUGCAACGAUCCAGGGAAACUCAGUGACACCCACUGAAUGGGAAGAUUAUAGCAACACCAACAUUGUGACAGCAGAGAAGCAGAGGAACAGUGCGUUUGCACUGCAGGCUAUGACUGACAGCAUCCUGUCUGAAACAGCGAGUGACAUGCGCAAGCAGUGCGAUACCGUCAAUUUAGCACUGACAAACCGCGUGGCAGAGACAAAGGAUGCAAAAAAUAAGCUGGAAGUUCACUUGGCUAAGGUUAUGAAUGAGAUUAGUUCUCAAGAAAAAAACAUAAAAAGUUGCAAGAAAGCUAUUGCAGAUAAAGAAGGACCCAUCAAAGUGUCUCAAACUCGCCUGGAAACCAGAUCGCUACGGCCUAAUGUGGAGCUAUGCCAUGAUCCCGUGCAGUACAGACUUAUCAGUGAAGUCCAGGAGAUAUCCAGAAAUGUGGAACGACUACGUCAAACUCUGAGCCAGGCAGAAGCUGAGCUAAAAGGCCUGAACCGUAACCAACUCUCCCUGGAGGAGGAGAUCCAGGUUAAGGAAAAUACCCUAUACAUCGAUGAAGUAAUAUGUAUGCAGCUGAGAGAAGCCAUUUCAAUCAACAACUUCUAAGUUUUGUUAUACCACAAUAUGUAAUAGUCAGGAAUUGGAACAUAUGACUUCUGUACAGUUUCAAGUCUAUUUUAAACAUAUUCUAUAGCAGUGGUUCCCACACUGAUUGUCAGGGUGCCACGGGUUGGUGGUCCAGGACCGAAACAAAUUAUUUAUGGUCAGUGUGAUAAGCAAAACUAGUGCUGGUGGCCGCUAAUCAUAAAAUAUGUGAACAAACAUCCCUGUCCAUCACCACAUAAUUGAACAUAAGAGUAACAGGUAAGCACAGUUGACUUAAUAUAAUCAUUUUUUCUGAAUUUCUCAAUAAACUGUUGGCCUAGGGGUGCCGUGAUAUAAAUGUCGAUAGCCUAGGGGGCUGCGAUUCAAGAAAGUUUGAGAACCACUGCUGUAUAGUAAAGGCAACAUCAAUAAAUAUUGAAAUUCACUGUAUCAUAUGGAAAGACCUGGAACUGGAGAAAACUGAAGGUGACUGUAGUUCCUCUACAAAUGUAUCUGAUAUUGUGGUAUGUUAUGGAAGGUUCAUAAAGAAUAAAAAACAUGCAUUAUA